AUGCAGCUCUGCGGCGGAAGCAAGACCACCCAGCGCAAGCUGGUCCUACUGGGCGACGGCGCAAGCGGAAAGACGUCGUUGCUAAAUGUCUUCACGCGAGGAUACUUCCCCACCGUCUACGAGCCAACAGUCUUCGAGAACUACGUCCAUGACAUCUUCGUAGACAACGUCCACAUCGAGCUCUCCCUCUGGGACACCGCAGGUCAAGAAGAAUUCGACCGUCUCCGCUCCCUCUCCUACGACGACACGCACGCAAUCAUGCUCUGUUUCUCCGUCGAAUCCAAAGACUCCCUCGAAAACAUCGAGUCCAAAUGGGUCGGCGAGAUCGCGGAGAACUGCCCGGGCGUCAAACUCGUCCUGGUAGCCCUGAAAUGCGACCUCCGCGAGAACGACGACGCGGCUGAGGAAGAACCAGUCGUCGUCGCGGGUGACGGCCACCAGGUUGGGAUGGAGAAGAAGGAGUGUAUCACCUACCAGCAAGGCCUUGAGGUCGCGAGGCGCAUUGGGGCGCUGAGGUAUCUCGAGUGCUCGGCUAUGCGGAACAGAGGGGUUAAUGAGGCGUUUACGGAGGCGGCGAGGGUGGCGCUUUCGGUGAAGGGGGUUGGUGGGAAGGACAACUCGAAGUGUGUGGUGAUGUGA